CACAACUCUCCUCCCACCCCACCUCUUCAUUUCCCAUACAUUUUUCUAUCUUGUGAUCCUUGUGUGAGUGUUUAUAUACGUAUAAAUUUCACCCCUUUUAUUUGCAUUAGUUGAUCUCAAAAUGGGAAAUCCUCCAUUUUCUCCAUCUGCUCUAUUCUGCACAGAAAGUGGGUCUGGUUUGAAUGAUGAAGGAGAUGAUUCCACAUUGAUUAGUGGGGAGGAUGAAGAUGAAGAUGAUGAGUAUAUACAAGUUCUGCUUGAUAAAGAAACUUCCAUUAAUGGCGGCUUCCCAAAGCUUGAUCUUUCACAGGAUGGAAAUGAAAGUUGGGUUCAAGAAGCUCGAUCUGAUGCAAUACAUUACACUCUUAAAACUGGAGGAGCGUUUGGAUUCGGAAUGAGAACAGUUUACCUAUCCAUAACUUACCUUGAUCGGUUUCUUUCAAGAAGAACCAUAGAUAGAGAAAGGUGGUGGGCCAUAAGGCUAUUAGGGAUAGCAUGCCUUUCCUUAGCAGCAAAAAUGGAGGAAAGCAGAGUACCUGCCCUAACAGAGUACCCCCCACCCAUGGAAAACCUCUUCACUUUUGAGAGCACUUCGAUCCAAAGGAUGGAGCUUUUGGUGCUCAAUACAUUGGACUGGAAACUGCGCUUCAUAACUCCUUUUUCUUUCACUCCUUACUUUUUGUCAAAGUUUAUCACCCCACACUCUCAUAUGCAUAGAAAGAGCUCCAUUUUAUCAACAACUAUGGACAUCAUCUUCAAUGCCAUCCGAGAUGCAAAGUUAAUGAGUCACAUGCCAUCCGUACUAGCAGCAGCAGCAACAUUACUGGCAUUGGAUGGUGGACUAGUCAAAGAGGGUAUGGAGGUUAUUAUCAGUGCCUUACCUUCAGGUGGAUGUCUUAACAUUGAUGAUGUUUUCUGGUGCUAUAAGAAAAUGAAGGAACUAGAGAGGGACAAAAAAGAGUUUCCAAAGAAUUGCGGUCUUAAGAGAAAGAGAAGUGAUGAUACAUGAUUGUGACAAAAUUUCGGAUGUUAAUAAAAAGGAGUGUCCAAAUUUCUGUUCAAAGUUUAAUAGUCAUUCUUCAUUUGGUUAUCUUUGAAUUCGUUUGUUUUGGAACUUAUCACUUUACCCAAAGGCCAAACCCUUUUUGGUGUUUAUAUGUAAUCUCUUGCAACCCUAAGUUUUAAAGGGUGGCUUGGGAUAUUUUGUUUUGCUUUAAACAUGGUGUCGGAAUGUGUAUCUGUAUGUACUCUGAUUUGUUCAUCUACUUAGGAUAUUGUUUAUUGAUUUACAUUUGUUGAAAUUUGUAAGUGAGCAAACUAAAUCUUUUUUAAUUUGUU